AACAAGGGAUCUUCCUAUUGUGUAUCGCUUGGAUAACGCUGUCAUUUCCACUUGACGGGUUUCUGGUUGGUUAGAGUGCACCGCAUGGCUAUGGAGAACCACAUUCAGGGUGACCGGAGCGACUUGUUCGCCGGCUUCGGGGCGGCCUUCAAGUCGUUCGCUACCGACGCCAUCCACGUCGGCCAGGAGCCGGAGCAGUGGACUUCCAGGGCUGUGGUGCCACCGAUAUCGCUCUCGACCACGUUCAAACAGACCGAACCCGGAAAGCACUCCGGCUAUGAAUAUAGCCGCAGUGGAAACCCUACAAGAGACUGUCUUGAGAAGGCCGUGGCAGCGCUGGAUGGGGCAAAGCACUGCCUUGCUGUGGCUUCAGGGCUGGCUGCCACAGUGACCAUCACUCACAUGCUGAAGGCAGGAGACGGAAUCAUCUGCAUGGAUGAUGUUUAUGGAGGUACAAACCGCUACUUCCAAAGAGUUGCUGCUGAAUUUGGGCUGCAAAUCUCCCUAGUUGAUUGUACCAAACUAGAGCUACUCAAGGCGGCUCUGAAGCCCAACACUAAAAUGGUUUGGAUAGAGACACCCACUAAUCCCACAAUGAAGGUUGUCGACAUUAGGGCCUGUUCUGACUUGGUGCACGAUCAUAACAAAGACAUCGUGGUCGUGGUGGACAACACCUUCAUGUCAGCCUACUUCCAGCGACCCUUGUCUUUUGGAGCAGAUAUUUGUAUGUACUCAGCCACCAAAUAUAUGAACGGUCACAGUGACGUAGUUAUGGGCCUGGUGUCAGUCAACCGAGAGGAUCUCUAUGACCGCUUGAAGUUUCUACAGAAUGCUCUAGGAGGUGUGCCAUCCCCUUUUGACUGCUUUCUUGUCAACCGUGGACUGAAGACAUUGCAUCUGCGCAUGGAGUGCCACUUUAAGAACGCCAUGGCUACAGCCAAGUUUCUUGAGGCUGAUUCGAGAGUGGAGUGUGUCAUCUACCCAGGUCUGCCCUCUCACCCGCAGUAUGAAGUGGUGAAAAGACAAUGCACAGGAUGUCCUGGAAUUAUCACCUUCUACAUUAAAGGGAAACUCCAACAUGCCAAUACCUUCCUCAAGAGUCUCAAAAUGUUUUCAGUGGCCGAGAGUCUUGGUGGUUAUGAAAGUUUAGCAGAACAGCCGGCAAUUAUGACUCAUGCGUCGGUGCCCGAGAAGGAAAGGAACAUUUUGGGCAUUAGUGACACCCUGAUCCGGCUCUCUGUGGGAUUGGAGGACGAGGCUGACAUCAUUGAAGAUCUGGAUCAAGCACUUGCUGCUGCUGCUCAAUGUACUGUGCAGCAGGUGCAACACUAUAGAUCAACAGCCUUUACUACAGCACACCGAAGAGAAAGGACUGGGAGAUUUGACGGGAACCCAGUUAUAUACGAAAGACAUCAAAGUCUUUGCAAGGCCAGCAGAAGGCUCCUCCGCAAGAGUCUUCGCAGAAUCCUCUUCUCAGAAUCCAGUGAAGAGUUAAAAGUGUCUGCAGGGCUUGUUCUUCAGGAUGAAGAACACUUAAAAGAAGGUCGCUGUUACAUAUCAGCAUGCGGUACACAAAGAUACAGAAAAAUCCUCUUAUUGUUCUUAAAUAAAAUACAAAUAAUACAUUUUAUCAUUUCUUUUUCUUUUUGACGCAGCUUUUACCAGAAGAAAUAUUAUUUAUCUUAUCUGACUAAUUGAUUUUUGUGUGUUUUGGAACGCUUCAAGCGCUAAAUGAUACAAAAUCUUACGUCAUCAAUGAAGAGUGUGAAUGCAAUAUUCAUCUGCAGACGUAUGUAUCAUUAGAUUACAUUUCAUUACAUACGUUUUCUUACUCUGCUCUGAAUGUAAUACUAACUGCGCUCAUGCUAUGAUGCCAACUCCAGUAAAAGUAGUGCAAAUCUCUGUAUUUCCUGUCAAGCACCUGAUUACAAAAUAUAACUUUUUAUAAAACAUGGUCAUACCAAAAGAACUUUCUGUAUAUUAAUUCUGAAAUGCAUUUGUGUGUGUGCAAGAAUGACAUAUUUGUUUGACUUGAUAUGUCAUAUAAAUAAGAAAUGAAUUAUAUGAACUUCUGCCAUUAAAUAAAAGAGUUGGCUAUUA